UACUUGUAUUGUUUUAUGCAGCACUUGUGACAGUUCUCGUUUUAUUCUGCCGGAGACAUCGUAAUAUUUACUCAUUGCCACAGUCAUAAUCAUUAUGUAAAAAUCUUGAAUGAUUCAUAACUCCAUACUGCAAAAAACUUUAAUGAUAAUAAUAAUAAUAAUGAUACAUGGGAAUAUGCGGAACUGAUCUUUCUGUACAAACAUUUUCUCCUGUGUGCUACACCUAUUAUAGAUUGCAGGUUUUCCAUUGGCAGAUAUUUUAAUUAAUACAUACGUGUUACAGCCAACUUUCAGCUGUGUUCUGUUAUCAUUAUUUAUGUUUAUUAUCGAGGUUUUUCCUGUUUCGCUCUUUGAAGAGGUGGUGCCUGACAUGCUGAGACAAAUCCUGAUUCACACAGUUGCGAGGAGAGCGGCCAUAGUGACCUUGAUUCAGAAAGGGGCAGUUAGAGGAAUCUGUCAUAGUCAGCCGUGCUGUAGUUCUGAUGUAGAAUUAACAUCUGUUCGCUAUCCAGGUGUUCAGCGUGGAAGUUAUUCCCAGCUCAGUGACAAACAUGUGCAACACUUUAAAAGUAUUUUGCCCAAGGAGAGAGUCAUAACAGAUGAAGAUGAUAUAGCAGCACACAAUGUUGACUGGUUGGGAAUGGUUCGAGGUGCCAGCCAAAUUGUGCUGAAACCCAAGACUACAGAGGAGGUAUCAGCAAUUCUCAAGUAUUGCAAUGCUGAGAACUUGGCAGUAUGUCCACAAGGUGGCAACACUGGGUUGGUUGGGGGUAGUGUGCCUGUGUUUGAUGAGGUUGUCAUCUCCACCAGUCUCAUGAACAACAUUAUCAGUCUGGAUGAACUCUCAGGUGUUCUGGUGUGCCAAGCAGGCUGUAUCCUGGAAAAUUUGGACUCUUAUCUCUCUGAACGAGGUUUGAUGAUGCCUCUGGACUUAGGAGCCAAGGGGACAUGUCAGAUUGGAGGAAAUGUGUCUACCAAUGCUGGGGGCAUCCGGUUGAUUCGAUAUGGCAGCUUGCAGGGUAGCGUAUUGGGUAUUGAGGCGGUGAUGGCUGAUGGUGAAGUGAUAGACUGCUUGAGCUCGCUGAAGAAAGACAAUACAGGCUACCACCUUAAACACUUGUUCAUUGGGUCAGAGGGCACACUGGGUAUUGUUACUAAAGUGGCCAUCCAGUGUCCACCAAGUCCCAAAGCAGUUAAUGUUGCAUUUCUGGGCUUGGACACAUUUGAUGAUGUUCUGCGCACGUUCAAGGAAGCUCGAAGUGGGUUGGGUGAAAUAUUGUCUUCGUGUGAAAUGAUGGACAUGUUGGCACUGGAUGCUGCCACAACAAAUCUCAAUCUUCAACGACCAAUUGGAGAGUUCCCAUUCUACAUGCUGAUAGAGACAUCUGGAAGCAAUGGGACACACGAUGAGGAAAAGUUGACCAGUUUCUUGGAGGGUUUAAUGGGUAGUGGAAUCAUUCAUGAUGGAACUGUGGCCAGUGAGCCAUCUAGGAUUAAGUCAAUAUGGCAACUUCGUGAACUCCUACCAGCCAGCCUGACAAGUGAAGGCCUCUUGAAUUCUUAUGACAUGACUCUUCCGAUGAAAUAUCUGUAUGAUCUGGUGCCUCUGGUAUCAGAGCGCCUGGCUGGAACAUCUGCCAUCCGAUGUUGCGGCUUCUGUCACCUUGGUGAUGGCAACCUGCACUUGAACAUUACAACUCCAAAGUUUGACCCUGCUGUCCUGAAAAUUGUUGAGCCAUUUGUGUUUGAGUGGACAUCCAAGCUGAAGGGCAGCGUGAGUGCUGAGCAUGGUAUUGGCUUCAAGAAGACACAGUAUAUCCACUUUUCCAAGUCACAGAGUUCCCUGAACCUCAUGAAAGACAUAAAGAAGCUGAUGGAUCCCAAGGGUAUUCUGAACCCAUACAAGGUUCUGCCAGCACAACACUAAGAUCAGUGCUCCCAGCAUAACCAGUUAUGUGUAUUCAGAUGGCACACCAGUGCAACGCCACAUGGUGUGAAAACUGUUGGAUUUUAACAACAUCCUGCUUCUGUUACAAAUUACUGGACUGCAUCAUUAUCACCUGAGGAGAGAGAUCUGUCUAGUGUUUACAUGACUGUAAACAGUAGAUAGCUGACCGAAAAGUAAUGCCUCUGAUGUUUUGUAGGAGUUCUACCUUUCUUAUUUACAGAAUACUUGGUAGAUGGUGUCAGUAAUCUAUAUACCUUCACUUCUUCUUGUAAUGGCUGUCUUUAUGUACUCUGAAGCAAUAAAUAACCUCAAUUAUAGCAUAGGGAAAACUGUUGCAUAUCCAAUGCAAAUAUUUUUCUUUGCAGUUUUCUUGCCUUUAUCAUUCAAAUGAGAAUGUGUUCUUCUGUUGAUUGAAUAUAUUGGAAUUUUAAUAUCAAAUAAAUUGUAUGUUACUCCAUCAUAAGAUGAUAGUACUACUAAAAAUUAAUCAAUUUCUAGUACUUCUGGCUGAGAAAAGUUUUACACCAAACCGAUUAGUUCAGUGACAAUGACUUGCAUUAUGGAAAUUUGGAGUUGUCUGUCCUAAUUGAAACUUUUCUUUCAAUCCUGUCCAGUGAAUUCCAGAAAUAUGGCACUAAUUCUUCCUCCACAUCCCUCCAUACUUACCACAUAUUAUCCUACCAUUUCUCUACUGACAUCACAUAAUUGCUGGAAUUGUUAAGAGCAUGAUUUUAAACCCAGGACACAAUGCUGACAUUGACAAUUGCGAGCAUGAGCUGUCCAAUUUGAGACAUUUUGACUAGAUGUUGCUCUUGCAAGAUGUUCUUUAUCCAGUCUAAUGUUCAUGGGAAAAAAGCUUUACAGUUUGAAAUGCUAUGUUACAAACAUUAAGUAUUACCAUUACUGAUAUACAGGAGCAAGUAUAACUGCUAGCUUAUAUUGAUUUUGCGCUGUGAAACCUGCUUGUGACAGACCUGGAAACCUGUAUAUAAUGUUCCAUUCUUCAGGACUAAAUAUUUAUGAAACAAGAAACUAAUCUGCAAAACUGUUUUAGAAUUCAAACAAGAUGGUGCAUAUUACAUGAAUCAGUAUCAGUCACUUUCAGUUUAGCGACACUUUUUAAAAACAGGAAACUGUGGGCCUGAGAGAAUUUAUAGACUAAGUUUAUAAAGUUUUUAUUAUUUCAAGUAAUUGGUAGAGAGCACUGUGUCUGUAUACGGUUUUGUCAAGUUUUGGGAACACUGCUGAUGCCUGUUUUAUUAGACUUAUGAAGAUCUUAUGACAUGAUAACCUUGUAAUUUUGACUAUCUCAGCAUGACCAACCAUGACUCUUGUCAUAUUUAAGUCCCAGUAUAAAUGUUGCUGUAUUCCUGGUAGAGGUGUCAGAAAAGUUCUGUGGGGGCAGGAACUUUAGUGACUGACACCCAGUUGUACAUUUUUGGGUUGAGAAUGAACAGCCUUCAUGGCCUCUUUCUUCUGAUGUCCCUUAAGACAGGUUUCUGAGGUUAUAUUGGUGGAAAUGUGAAAUACUGAUGGUCAUAUUUUUGUAUGUGCUUAGAAUAUAUGAACAAUUUAUGAUACUGUGCCAAUAUUGUACAUUGCUAUAUUUCAAGAUGUAUAAAACUGCUGUUUAUAUA